CCUCGGCAAAAGCCGUAGCUGUAUAUAGGCGCAAAGUUUCCAAACAUUGUAUCCGCUGAAAACAAACUUUGAAACUUAAUCGCAAUUAUAGUUAUAGUUUUCAAAACAUCCCCUACCACAAUGUUGCAAUGUUUACCUCGGAGAUUGUCACAAGUUUUCUACCGUCAUUCAGUUGAAAACAGUAAAACCAUCAACACAUGGAAGACUUGACACAAGAACAGAGAGACCUGAAUGAGGGAGCUAAAAUGUUUGAUUGGGGUAAAUGGAUAUCUAAAGGCAUCGGGGUUUGGCCUUUAGCUCCAAACGACUAUCUAUUUACCACAACUUUUAUUUAUUUUACCGCCGUUAUGAUGCUAGAGUGUGUUGAUCUCUACACAUGUCUCGGGGAUUUCGAAAAAGUUAUUGACAACCUUACAGAAAAUUUAGCAUUUGUGCAUAUUUACGUCCGUACAUUGAUGCUGAGAGUUCACAUCGAUAAAUUACGGGAUGUUAUGUCAGAAUCAUUGAAGGACUACCGAACAAGUGCUUUCAAAAAUUCGACGGAAAUAAAAUUAUUUAUGACGCACAUUAAUAAAGGCAAACUUUUUGCAAAAGUUGUUAUAACAUUUAUCGCAAUGACUGAAGUUACUUGGUACCUACAGCCAUUAACGACACCCUCGCCUUCAGUUGAUGACCGCGAUAACGAAACCAUUUCGAUACUUUUGCCUUAUCACUUUUACGUUUUCUAUAAAAUAAAUGACUUCAAAACUUACGUACUGACUUAUCUGUCCCAUGGACCGCAUGUUGUCAUCAGUGGUUUUGGUCACGCAACGUCAGACUGUUUUUUGAUAAUUCUAGUUUUUCAUUUAAGCGGUAGAUUAGCGGUUUUGGCUGAGCGAAUCAAUGCUCUGAAAAAUAAAUCCGAAAUGUAUAAAACUCAAGUCAAAAGUAUCAUCGCAGAGCACAUUAGGUUACUAAAAAUGGGAGAAAAUAUUCGAAGUGCUUUUGCUACGGCAUUAUUGGCUUAUUUAUUUAACGGUACUAUUCUUCUAUGCAUGAUUGGCUAUCAGAUACUCGUCAAUUUUAUGACCGGCCCGAAUUCGGAUUUAAUGCAAUAUUUUAUUUUUAUAUUCGCAACAUAUUUUAUAAUAACUGUUUUUUGUAUAGUAAGCGAACGUCUGAUUUUUGAGAGUACUAAAGUUUGCGAAGCAUAUUGGAAUUGUGGGUGGUACAAUAUGCCGCAAGAUUGUGUCAAAGAUAUUAUUUAUUGUAUUAGACGAUCGCAAAAGCCAUUGGCUCUGCAAGCGGGUAAAUUUGCAUACUUUGGCAAUAGUACAUUGACUGACGUCACCAGAACAGCGAUGGGCUACUUGUCGGUAUUGAGAAAUUUUUUAAUCGUCAAUUAAAGUCUUCAAUUUACAGUAACUACUUUAGUGUUAAUAGAUAUAGAAUUUAAUGUAAAUUUUUUCAGAAAAAAAA